CCCAUAAUAAAUCACUCUCUUGCUUUGCUGCUAACUGGGCACCACGAUAAAGAAUUGAGAUCCCUAAUUCAUAUGAUAAUACAAAAACAAUACCAAGUAGGAACAGUUGCCAGCUUUGAUGACAGAUAAUUCGCCCAUAAUCAUAUAACCAUAUGAUGGGGCGUGCGGCCGGCGAAAUUAAUUAAAACUAUGUAAUUAUUCAAUGUUAAUUGGCUGUCUAGCACUUCAAACCCUGACUUAAAAUGUAGUAUUAGCCAUGUAAACAUGAUCAGCAGCUAAAUAAUCAGAACAGAAUCGGAUUUACAGAAAAUUAAAAGUUCCAUCGACAAUUCUCUUUCAACGAUUCAUAACCGAAGAUAUCAUUUUUUUUCAUAAUAAUCCUUUUUCAUCAUAAUAUGGCUUCAGAAGGGAGCAGCUACUACUAUUUCCUCAAUCCAGAGAUCGUGCCAUGGCCCGGCCGGCCGAAAUUUCAAAGCCUCUACUACUUCAUAUGAAAAUUAAUUAAGAAUUAAAUCACACAUUAGAAUGGAAUUUUGUGUUAACCUGGGGUAUUGUAGAUUAGUAGAAUGUUGCUCAUACAUUUUUGAAGAGAUCAAGCAUACGUGAUUGAUGAAUUAUUGACGAUUAUCGUGGUUGUUGAUGCGACUUGAAUCGGACUAUCAGCCGCUACGACUGUUAAUCGGGGUCUUGCUGUCCGAUCAGCGAGUGGGGUCCAGGGGCAACGCCCCCGACCCACGGUGUAUGGGCUUAAUGUUAUUUGGGUUCGGCUUCUGGGCUUGGUCUGGAACCGUUUCCUUUGCCAGAUUGGAUUAGGUUUAAACCCACAUGGAGAAGUACUAUAAAUACUUCUCAUACUCCUCUAUAAUCUGUAAUCUCCUCGAUAUAGUGAAACUGACUCUCUCUCGCCCAUGGACGUAGCUAACACACAUCGUGUUAGUGAACCACGCAAAUCGUGUGUCUGUGUUUUUUCGAUUCUCGCUUUCGUAUUCUUGCUUUAUCAAUUCCGACGAUUUCCCGAUCAGUAACAGCGCGUUUAUAACAGUAGUUUCGACGAGACCACACGACUAGAUUAAUCACAAGAUGAAAUAUACUCUUCGUGAGUUAUGGGUCGGGCUGCUAUACUUUUGGAAUAUACAAUAUUUCGGAUACUCCUAAUGAUCAUCUCCAUUAUAUUUUUGUCUUUGAUGUUGAUAGAAAAAGACAAAAACAGACAUGAGAGACAAAAAGACAUGAACUGAGGAAACAUACCAGGAAGGAUAUAUGUGCUCGUCAACUUCUAUUCCUGUUCUGUAGAAUUUGUUAAUGGCGUUUCCCAUUAGAAAACAACGUUGUUUAGUGCAAAUAGCAACCCUGUGCUAGCUAAUAUAGCACCACCUCACGUCUUUUUUUUUUUUUAAUAAUGGUUUAGAACGAAAAGAAGAGAAAAAACAAAAAAAAACUGUACAAGAGCAAACAAGAGGAAAAACCCAGCAAACCCCAAUUUCUGUCUCUUUCCCGUAUCUUUGUCUUUAAAAUAAUUCACCUUACUCUGUUUAAAAAAAUAUGAAAUCUAAACAUCACAAUCUAUCCUUAUAUUACCUUACAUCCACUUUAUAUUUACAAAAUCUAUUACCAUAUAUUUCAAAAAAUCUAUUUUUAGAUUUUCUAACCCCAACAAAUCAAAUCACAAGGCCGAAUUGAUUGUUAAUAGUAUUCGAGAGUACGAAUAGUAAUGGGUCGAAUUGGGUUGGGUUUCAAAUAUCUUUGUGUCGCUUCUUCUUCGACGAUCUGAUGUCGUUCGCUCCUCCUCAUGGGUGAGGACUAUACCUAGGGUUCUGAAUCACUCUCCUCGUAUUCCUUGCAUCGCCACAAGCUUUUUAGGCCCACAAUUGGUUAGCAAAAUUAGAAUAUUCAACGCAGAAGCUUACAUUAAGUGCGUAGAGGGUGCGAUUGACGUGCUGAUGUUGCAGUGAGGAGAAGGCAACUGAGGUCCCAUUAGUGAAGGAGGAGAAGAGGAAGCCGGUGGUAGGAGAGGAGCAUAAGUUGUGAAAGGCGAAAAGUUUUUUUUUUUUUUUUGGAUUCAGUUUGUUAGGUUCUUUGCGAAAUUGGGAUAGGUUUACCGGUUUAGCGCUUCCACUAAAUGGUCUAUUUCUUCCAUCAAGCGGUGUACCUCUUCUAGCAACCGGUCAACCUGGUGAACCAUUGCUAAUGAGUAAUGACAUCAUCAUAUAUAAUUAGAGGAUUACAAUUUUAAUAGAUAUUUAGAAAAACAAUUAAAAAGAUAUGUUUGCAAGUAUUAGAGUUAAAAUUAGUACAAAGGGUGGAGCAUGGAUGAGAAGUUUAUUGGGUGAUUGCUCUCGUGUAGAUUUGAGAAAUGUUCUAUAUAUAUAUAUACUCAUAUUCAAUGCCCAUAAAUCUCAUAUCAUCCUGAUUUUAUGGGUUUUUAGUCCAGAGUGUUACAAGAGGGUGUUUUUUUUUUUUUCUGGACCAAUAAUCUCUAGAGAAAUUUGGUUGUCCACGAGUGAAAGAAAUAUACCAUUUUCAACAAAUCACAAUGACUUACAAAUUACCAUGGACAAACCAAUCAUUUAAGAUUUAACCCGUAUAGUUGUCCCUUUGCUUGAUCACCGGUACCCAACGCAUCGUACUUCUCUUCCUCUCCCAGCGUUAGUUGAGUGCAAGGAUUGAAAUAUCGUAUCGGAGGUUUUAUCAGAAAAGUUUGCAGUAGGGUAUUUUAUGCUAAAAUCGUGGUUCAACCGCUUAAUACCAUCGAUACAAUACGAUAUUUUCUGGUCGAACCACCGAUACGGUACGAUAUUUCAAUCCUUGAUUGAGUGUCUUUUCCGGAGUUCUGCAGCCAGUCCCAAAGUAAAGUAGUUACAAACAUUUUGAAGCACUUUUUUUAGGGGCACAAUUUGAAGCACUUGAUACUAAUUAAAGAAGACCAUUUCAUUUAUACCAUAUAUUUGCAGCACAACCACAUGGCCAAAUAUUUUAGGAGACUCCCCUCCAACAAAUAGGGACAAAAAAUAAAAACUUUAUAAAAAUGAGCUGUACAUGGCCCCAUUUAAAUUGCUCUCUAGUUUCAUUUUUAUGUGUUUAUUUGUAGGCACGUUAAUUAUUGAAUGUGAACAACUGUUUGAUUAAUUAAUGGGAUAUAUUUGUCAACUGGAAUAUUUCCACCCCCCUUGAGCCUCUUGAAGACAUUCCUUUGAUUUCUUUCUUAGCUUUGGCUUCUAGCUCUUUGCCAUGCAACCUUCAAUGGCAGACAUGUAUAAAUAGGGCCUCUUUUUGCUUCAUCUUUCUUUCAGAAACACAGAGAGAAAGCGAGGACACAAAAAGAAGCAUUUACAAAAACCGAAUUAUAUCUCAGUGAGGCAUGGAGCAAGUCGAAUCCUUAGCUUGUAUGGAUUGGAGCUCUCUAAUGAGUGGAAUGAUGUACACAAAUGGUCAUGAUGAACCUGAUUUCAUGGCACAAUUGCUUUCCAUCGGUCUAGAUUCUGACUUCUUCUCGACAUCAUCGGCACCAUUCGACAUGUCAGCAGCAGCAGCAGCAGCAGCAGCUGGGAAUACUUCAAGUCAGCAUCUUUCAUCAUUAGCAACAUCACAAGGCAGUGGCAGCAGCAGCAGCAGUCAUGGUUUUUACUCCAAAGGAACUUCCAGUCAAGACACAUCCAUGGCUCUCCAUCAGCUGCUUGAUUCUUCUUCUCUGCCUCCUCUUGCUUGCAACGAAGGCAACCACAUUCCAAUGAGUACCACCUCUUACUUGGCACAAUCCGACGAGACCUUUAUACCGAACAAUAAAGAUGAACAGCAGAAGCCUGACAUAUUAGAUGCAGGGCACCCUGAAGAGAAACCUGGCAAGGGGACAAAGAAGAGAUCAAGGGCCACUGGAGGAGAGCCCAAGAAAGCCAAGAAGAGUGUGAGGUCAAAGAAAGUGGGGAAGAAGCAGCAUUCUUCAGCUGGUGCCAAGAAGAUGGAGGAACAGAACAAUAAUGUGAAGAGUGCUGCAGCUACAACGACGAGCAAUUCAGACGAGUCCUUGUUUGAUGGAUCAGCAGCGGAUGAGAAGAUUGAUGAAGGAGGAGAAGCUGUGCCAACAACAUCUACUAGUACUGGUUCCAUUACUGUGAGCUUGAAUGGCAAGACAAGAGCCAGCAGGGGUGCAGCCACUGAUCCACAGAGCCUCUAUGCCAGGAAACGUCGAGAAAGAAUCAACGAGAGGCUGAAGGUUCUGCAGACCCUUGUCCCCAAUGGUACAAAAGUGGAUAUCAGCACCAUGCUUGAAGAAGCUGUCCAGUAUGUGAAGUUCUUGCAGCUUCAAAUCAAGUUGUUGAGCUCUGAUGAUCACUGGAUGUAUUCACCGAUUGCUUACAAUGGGAUGGACAUUGGAGUAUAUAGAUGUUCGUAGUUUCAUUUUCUUGAUUUGUAAUUUCGGACGAGGGAGGAAGUUCCAAUCUAUUCGGCUCUGAUUCAUUUAUUCUUUUUAAUUUGAUUUACACCAUUGCCUUGGAUUGAUUUAUGGAGUGCCUUGUUUCCCAUCCGAAACCCAGAAGCCAAAUUAUAAUCCCGAUGCGAUCACAGUACAACCAGUAGCAGAGUGUAGUGCUCGGGGAAACAAAUGUAGCCCUACAGAGAGAUAAAGAGUGACUUAUUGAAGGUAAGUAAUCCACUACAACAUUUAGCUUCUCAAAAAAUAUGCUCAAGCUUUACCUCCAAAUCUAAACUAAGAAGUAGCAGGCGAUGGUGUAGUAGUAUUACAAUCGACGUAAUAAAAUUUCUAUGUAUGUCUAGGGCCAUGUCCGUGCUCAUUAAGUUUAGGCCUGGUACGGCCCAUAAAUCAUUAGUGCUUGUGUCGGGCUGAACAUAUAUUUCGUGCUCGUGCUCGUGCCGUGUUCUAAUCGUGCCAUGACGUGCGGGCCCGUGGGCGACCCGACCCGGUGCCUACGUACAGUCCCAACAUACACAAACUAUUAUCGAGAGUUGGAUAAUCGUUUUUUCCCAAAUUUUAGAGGCUAAACCCCCAUGACUCCGCCACUGUAGAUGAUCAUACAUACUGUUGAUGUGACUUGAGACUUGAAUCGGACUAUCAGCUGCUACGACUGGAUUAGUCGGGGGUCUCGCUAUAAAUACUUCUCAUACUCCUCUGUAAUCUGUAAUCUUCUCAUACUAUCAGCCAGAUUGGAUUAGGUUUAGACCCACAUGGAGAAGUACUAUAAAUACUUCUCAUACUCCUCUGUAAUCUGUAAUCUUCUCGAUAUAGUGAAACUGACUCUCUCUCGCCCGUGAACUAGCUAACACACAUCGUGUUAGUGAACCACGUAAAUCGUGUGUCUGUGUUUUUCGAUUCUCGCUUUCGUAUUCUUGCUUUAUCGAUUCCGACGAUUUCCCGAUCAGUAGCAGCGCGUUUAUAACACAUACAAUAUCAUUAAUAAGAUACAUCUAUGCAUCGAUCUAUUAUGAUGCCCUAUCACUUCUACUAAUGCAUUCCUAGCUGAGCUUUUGUCAUAUGCGAGAGGAACUACAACUAGUUAAUGUGUGCUUCCGCUUCAUGCCAUUAAGUAAUCAAUAAAAUUAGAAAAUAAGGAUAUCACAUUAAUGGUUUAUGCCUCCAAGAACCAAAGCAAUGGUUUAUAGGAUGAUCUAAAUAACAAGCAUUGAACUCACAUAUGCAUGCAUAAUUGCCUCCAACUAGAAUUCACACACAAGGCAAUAGGCCAAUAACAUAUCAAACAAGAGUAGUUUCCUAACAACUUAUCAUGACUUUAUAAACAAUACGAUAGUAGCACAUAAAUGAUGAUAUGAGCAUAUAAUGGUUAAGGCAUCAAACAACUAAAGCAUUCAAAUGGUUAAGCAUCAAACAAUUAAAGCAUUUGAAUGGUUUAAGCAUCAAAUUUUAUAGGUAUUAAAUGGCGUAAACAUCGAAUGGUAUAAGCAUCCAAGGAUAAAAGAAUCGAAUGAUAAAGGCAUCCAAUGCCCAAGGCCAGGGGCGGAGCCAGGAUUUCGACACUGGGUGGGCCGAAAAUAAUUAAACGUAAGUACAAAUAAAAUAAUUAUUUUUAA